AGUAAUUUGCUCGUUCCCAUGUAAAGCGGAGGCGGAAAAAAACUUCCAUUUCUGAAACAAUCGUGCAUAUGAUGACCAUUCUAACAGGAACGGCACAGAUUUACGUACCUUUGACCAAGGACUGCCCCAUGAACAGUAUUCGACAAAAAGUUUUAUGCUGCUACAACAAUCCAACAUUUGGUUUCACUCUUCGACCAAAAGUUUCCAAACAUCUCUUCUGUCAUACUACCCCUCCAGUACUUGCAUUCAUCAAGCUUCAUGGAUUUUGUCCCAGGACCGGAAAUUAUUUAGUUUGCUGUUGUUCGCUGUGCUCACCCAAUGUGGCAUUCAACCGAAGUGUCAAGUAGUCACUGAAAAGCUUCCACAAAAGCAAACCCAUAGGCCAGCAUGGACGACUACGAGGAUCAAAGUGUUGUAGGCGAAGUACGACGCGGCGCUGCUGGCCUAACGGGUGGCCAGCGCAAAGACCACAACACUUCGUUUGGCGCUGUGAAGGUCGGUGGUUGGCGAUAUGAGGACUCUACACGUUACAUUGGUGAAUGGGAUCAGCGUGGCCAAAAACAUGGCGUCGGACAUUUACAAUUUCCCGAUGGUACGCGCUACGAUGGCCAAUUCCACGAUGGUGUGAGUCAUGGCCUUGGUUGCCUUUGGUUUUCUGAUGGAGCCAAAUACGAGGGAGAAUUUAUGCAAGGCUGGUUUCAUGGUUUCGGCAUAUUUUGGCGUUCCGAUGGCAUGAAAUUUGAGGGUGAAUUUCGUGGUGGCAAAAUCUGGGGAUUCGGCCUGCUAACGUUUCGCGAUUUCACACACGGCUUUCCCCGCAAUGAAGGGUUCUUUCAAGACUGCCGUUUGGUACGCAAGCAACGUUGUCCGGAUAUGGUGCAGCGCGCGCAGAAAUGUGCGCUUAUGGCGCGUGCACUGUGUGACCACCCGUACUAGCGUUAGGCAUGCUAGCAUAUGUACAAAAACAUACAUACCUAAAAUGCAAACAAACACACACUCGACCAUCAGCGAUCUGAUCACAAGCGUUCCCAUAAUAAUAGUCGGUUCUAUGGUACCGCAACGACAUGGGCUCAUUUACACACAUACAUAUAUACUUUCAUACACAAGUGUGUACAUUUGCGAAAUUUAUUUGCAUAUGUUUUGUAGCCCACUAUCACUCCAGGUGACCUGUGGCAAAGUGAAUACGUUUUUGAAAUGCUUCAUAUUGAUAUAAGUAACAAAAAUUUGUUCAAAUUCGUAGUUUUGGAAUAAAUAUUAACGAUUUAGCCAACUAAAAA